AUGUGUUGCGGCUGCGGAUUGAAAGCGCUUCACACAAAAGGUGAGAAGGAACUGGUUGAGUUCCUGACCGAAGAAAUUGUGGCAGAACGUAAAGCACAAAAGUUGAAGACGCUGCCAACAGAAGUUGAAGGAUUUAUAGUGAAGGGAGAUGGAGCUGAGGUUGUCCUCACAAAGCAGUUGAAAGAUGAAAUUGUAAGAAUCACAUUCAAUGUGAACCACACUGUUGACUCUGAAGAUUUUGGAGAGGGAGAAGUGCAGCCAGAUAAGCAAGAGUUUACAGAGAUGCGCUCUAAGCCCCAGUUUGAAGUUGACUUGGUUCGAGGGGACAGCACUCUAGGAUUCACCUGCUCCUUCUUGCAAGAGCCACCGACACCUGGUGAUGAGUACAGCGACAUCUUCGGUAUUGAUGAAAUAACUCUUUACAAAGGGGAGUGGUCCGACAAAGUUUAUGCUGUUGCUGGUGAUGUUCUUGAUGGGUACCUCUAUGACCUGCUGAUGAAUCUACUAGAAGAGAAGGGUGUGAGCAAUGAAUUUGUCCAGAAGUUAUCAGAUUUUAGCACGGCCUAUGAGCACACUGCAUACAUAAACAUGCUGGAAGGCAUUUCAAAGUUCACCAUUGGCAAACAG